UGACACGAGUCAGCGGGACGCGGAGUCCAAGUUGCUUCAGUCUCCCAGUCUCAAUCCGUGCCCCCACCACAGACCAACCUUCUCCGAAAGACCGACCCCAUCCAGGUCAAGUCUACGGGCGCUAUAAACGGCGGCGGCCGCAAGUCCCCGCAAGAAACCGAACGGGUGCUCGAUUGGAGCUAACAGAACAGCCAGAUGAGCCCGCCUCGCCUUCUCGCCGCCAUGGCUGCUCACCUACCACGCUUCCCCGUCCUCCUGUUCUUCUUCCUCGCCGUCCAUGUCGCCGCCGCCCAUGGCGACCCUGCUCCGCUCCUGACCACCUACGACGGUUCCAUGUGCCCGGAAUCGUCCAGCUGCGGCAACGUAUAUAUCAGAUAUCCCUUCUACCUCUCCAGCACAACCAGAAACAUCACCGGUUACAAUACAUCCUACUCCUGCGGCUACACCGACCUGGAGAUCUUCUGCCAGGACGAGGGUCCGACCAGGACGCCGGUCAUCUUUCUCGGCGGUUACAUGUACACCAUUCUGAACAUCGACUACGACAGCAACACCACCAUCCUGGCGGACAGCGACGUGCUCGUCGGCGGCAGCUGCCCCGCAGUCCGCCACGGCGUCAGCUUCAACAAGAUGUGGCUGCACAACACCAGCUCCAACGACAACCUCACCUUCUACUUCAGCUGCUACUCAACACGCAGUCAUGGUGUGGAGCUGCCGCCUGACGACCUGAUCACAUACAAGAUCGGCUGCAACCUCAAGAGCCCGUAUGCCGAUGGAGCUUCCUUCGUCUUUACACCUGACGAUCAUGAUAAAGCCAAAGAGCACGCGCUGGAUCAGGAUUGGAGUUGCAAGGAAGUCGUCUCCGUGCCAGUGAGGAGCGACGUUCUGAUGGCAAGGAACCAGUCCGUGCUUGUGACGGGCGGAUACGCUGAGGUGCUUCGGUACGGGUUCGAGUUGGAAUGGAACCGAGCAACAACGGAUAAGUGUGAAUUGCGCGAGCAGUCCGGCGGGAAGUGCGCCUACAGCCAGAAGAGGGAAUUCACGGCCUGCUUGUGCUCCAACGGCAAGGUGGGCCACCCGGAAUGCAGACCAACAAGACGUAGUCAUAUGAGUAGAAUGGUUAUUGUUGCAAGCACAUCGGGCCUUCUAUUUCUGUGUCUACUUAUUCCCGUGGUCUUCUUAACUUGCAAAUAUGGUUUGCUGCCCUUUAAAUCGAAGAAUGAACCAAGAAUUGAGUCCAAAUCGAAGAAUGAACCAAGGAUUGAGUCCUUUUUACAAAAGAACGGGAACCUACAUCCGAAAAGAUACCAUUAUGCAGAUGUAAAAAGAAUGACAAAAUCUUUUGCUGUGAAGUUAGGCCAAGGUGGAUUUGGUGCUGUAUACAAAGGUAACCUCUCUAAUGGCUGCCAGGUGGCAGUUAAGAUGCUAAAGGACACCAUGGGUGAUGGGGAGGAAUUUAUGAAUGAGGUGGCUAGCAUUAGCAGAACUUCUCAUGUCAAUGUUGUUACACUUUUAGGAUUUUGUUUGGAAGGAUCCAAAAGGGCUCUGAUUUACGAGUACAUGCCGAACGGUUCACUUGAAAGGUAUGCCUUCAGCAAUAAUAUCAACAGUGAAAAUACACUAAGUUGGGAAAAAUUAUUUGACAUAACAAUUGGCAUUGCUAGAGGACUUGAGUAUCUCCACCGAGGAUGCAAUACGCGGAUCGUGCAUUUUGAUAUCAAACCCCACAAUAUUCUAUUAGACCAGGACUUCUGCCCUAAGGUAUCUGAUUUUGGACUGGCCAAGCUAUGCCUGAAUAAAGAGAGCGCUAUCUCUAUUGGUGGUGCAAGAGGAACAAUAGGAUACAUUGCCCCUGAGGUGUACUCAAAGCAAUUUGGAACAGUAAGUAGCAAGUCUGAUGUCUACAGUUAUGGAAUGAUGGUGCUUGAGAUGGUUGGUGCAAGGGACAAGAAAAUCAAUCCAGAUAGUGAAUCUAGUAGCCAGUAUUUCCCUCAGUGGAUUUAUGAGCAUUUGGAUGACUAUUGUAUCAGUGCUUCUGAGAUUAAUGGUGAGAUCACAGAGCUAGUGAGAAGGAUGAUAGUAGUAGGUCUGUGGUGUAUACAAGUGAUUCCAACUAAUCGGCCAACGAUGACCAGAGUUGUCGAGAUGCUAGAAGGCAGCACAAUUGAUCUGGAACUGCCACCAAAAGUGUUCUUGAGUUGAUCUGCAUCGGUACGUUCCAAUUAAAUGUUGCUCCCUGGUGCUAAGGUUGCACAACUGCAGAUAUUUGUUAUAAUUUGCAAAACUGAGGGAAGACAUCAAACGUUAUUUUUAUGCUGUAAACAGAGAUGAAACUGGACAGGAAUUGCUGACUGAGGAUGCUCAUACAACAUUGUAUGAUAGUGUUAUUUUGGUCAGCCAUACAAGUAUCAACUGUGUUCUGUGCACUUGCACUAAGAUCACUGCACAAAUGCAUUAAAGAUUUAGUAUUUGGGUC